CGAUGGUGGGGGACCUGUCCCUCCUCGCCGUCGCCUCCGCCUCCCCCGUCGUCCUCCCGCCUUCCAAGGAGCUCCAUGGCGUGCUUCCUCUCCAGGGUAAGAGACCGCAGGACGCCGGCGUGCAGCUCUGCGCGCCGUUGCAGCAGCAUCCGCCCCACCAUCUAGAGGCGGUGCCUUACCACCAGGGCCAGCCCGUGCAGAUGGUCGUGCCCGGCAACCAUCAGGGACAGGCCCUCCCGGCGGCCUACCAGGCCAUCACGAUGCCCGACACGGCCGUGCUCAUCGACGUGCAAGAUUCUCACCCUGACUCGGUUCAACUUAGCCUUGGGAUUGCGGAGCAAUGUGCAAGGCAAGAGAAACUCCUCAAGUUUCUGGUGUCAGGAUCUGAUGUAAAGGAACUUGAUGAAUCCUUGUUAGCUGAAUUCACGGGGCAACAGACUCUAGCAAUAAACAUGGGAACUCAUCCAUAUAUGCCGGAUGAUAAGCUAUCAAUUCCUGAAUUCAUGUUGAAUGAGCCCCAACACUAUCUGCCAGAGAAAGAACUUGUCAUCCCAGAUCCUCUUCUGCACUUCAUCCAGUCCCAUGGUGCUGCUCUUACUAUUGAUCAAAGUGGUCGGGUCCUCUUAGCUGGCAAUGGUGAUGAGAUGAGAGACUUGCUCUCAAUUUUCCUGGCGUUCAACAUGUCGAGACGAGAAACAGGUGGCUGCAAGGCUGCAUUUCUUGUUCCAUACUUUGAGAGGAAAAGACGUUCUAGGGCUAACAGCCAAGUAUCCAAUUUAAAAUUAGCAGGCACAACUGCUGAUGUUUCAAAAAGUACUGAUUUUAAUUCAAAAUCUUUGUCAAAGAAGAAACAUAAAGUGAAAAACAUCAAAGAACGUGACUCGUAUCAGAGAAACUACAUACAUGCUAGCGAGGUUAUUUUAUCCAUCCUGCUGGACAAGGACAGGAGCAGCUCGACAAUCCUCUCGCUGAAAAAGGCUGGUCCUGAGAUCACUGAACUUUUAACGCAAUGCUCUAUCGGCAUUGCUGGAACUGGACUGGCUAUUCUCCUGUCAGUUAUGUGCAAGAUGUCUAAUGGCAUGAGGACUCCUUUUGCUUCUGCCCGACUGCUUAGCACCAGCGUCGGAUUCGGACUCUUCUGGCUAUCCUGGGCAGUCAAUGGAUUGCGUGACACCAUCGCCAGCAUUUUCAGAAGCCGAAGUGGCAUGAAUAUCGAGGAUGACGAGGUCGCAGUGAAAAUAGAAAAAAGUGUGAACGAGAUCCUCUUCAGGGCAUUAACUCUCCUGGCAAUCACUGCACUGAAGUUUGCAUGAGCAGUCAUCACGAUUUUAUAGGUUUGUCGAUGCAGUUGUGAUAUACUCACCUAUGUCUAUGUGGUUCAGGAGUGUAGACGUGUAGUACUGCUUUCUGUAGGACCAAGUUCCACCUGCCCAAACCAUGGUUAUAGCUUCCCAGUUCUCAUUGAUCUCGUAGAAAAUGAGCCAAGUUGUAAAUUGUACAGAAAUUUUGCAGGAAACUCGGUGUAUAUUGUGGAUGAUGGAUUUUAACUCUGUGAACAUUGGAUAAUCUGAUGCCCAGAGCUUAUUUAUAUUUUUAUCUACUUAAUAGCUGCUGCAUUGUUUC